AGUGAACAAAAUUUUAUAGGGUCCUUGUCAGUGUGUUUUUCUUUCAUUCGUGGAACUGUGAUUUGCAAAAUUCUUUCUCUGCGUUUUUCCCGAUGGAAAUGGCUAGAUUUUCCACAAGAUUGAUCUUUUAGUGAUGCUGAUAGUGCAAUAGUGCAAGUUAUUCAGUGAUCCCAACGCAAAUACGCUACAGUUAUGGAGGAGAAUCCUUUUUCUGGGCUCCUAACCUCAAAAUCCCACGAAACGGUGACAGAUUCGCCUUCCAGCACAAAUCCAGGCAAUGUACUGGACAAAAAGAUUAACACGGUGAUUGAGAGGGUUCUCCUGGUGACCCUCAAUAAGACGCCACCACGGGGGCGUCAGCUGGUGUUCCUUGAGGAGAUUGCCGAGAGGGAAUCUUCACUGAAUGUGGAUUUGCUGUCACAGGCCCUCUUUGAGAGGCUUCUGCUGCAGAAUCCCUGGGAUUUUCUCGUGCCCACGGAUGGGCAAGAGUCCGAAGGAGGUCCAGUGUCUGAACAUCGGGUAUUUGUGUAUCUGUGUGAGUGUCUAAAACGCGUCGAAAGUGUCCGGAAUGAGAAUGACAAUGUAACAAGUGAAAUUUGCGAUAAGAUAUCCGAAGCAAUAAUUCAGAAUGCCAGCACAGCCGUCAAGCAACCAGAUUUGUAUCCUGGACAGAGUCUCUGUGAGCAGCUGAGUCACAUUUUCAGCUCCUCGUCGGGAGAUGUCCAGACUGAGGGUAAGUUUCUGAGUCUGAUGGUCAAAGAAGUGAUGUCUUCGGAGAGUGAAGCCCAAGGAACAGUGCUGCUGAGGAAGGUAGUCUAUCCCUUUCUCCAAGACAUUCUCCAGAGGGUCACGAAAUCCUCUCUGGUCACCCUGGAAGUGUGGAUUUUGCCGACUCUGCGAUGCUUUGUAGCCGAUAAGACAAACACGGCUCUGGGAAGUCUCCUGUUGGACUUUUCAACUCCAGGCAAAACUGUGGCUGCUGGUGUCAGUGGCCUGGCCUUUGCGGAGUCUCUACUGGGUCAGCUACUUUCCCUGUCCAUUGCUCCCAAACGCGAUGAGGGACAGUUUGAAUACUAUGAGCGCCCCACUGAAGCUCUUUCGUCCAACCUCACGUCGUCCCUGUGGAGCUACCUGAAAUCGCUCCAAGAUGAGCUUCAUGCAAUCUUCAAAGGAUUCCUUCUAAUGGGCGGAAGUAUCAGGGCUAAGGCUCUUACUUGGAUUGGUGAUUGUAUUCACGUCAACUUCCGCCGUGGACAAAUCUGGAAUGCUCAUGCAAUGCCAAUGCUACCCAGCACUGCCAGUGAUGCCUUCAGCAUAGGCCUGGCUGGAGUUCUCUUGCGUCUCUGCCAGCCCCUGCUGAAGCCUCAGCUUAAGGUACUGCUCGUGGAUCCAACGUAUGCAGCUGUUCCUGAGGAUCAGCGAUCCUCACGUGAUGUUCACAUGCGUGCUGUGGAUAAGGAAACAUGCCUCCUGCCCACAGCCGAAGGAGAAUCCCGCCCGGUGGCAGAGAAGUACAAUUUCAUCACAGAAUGCUUCUUUAUGGCACACAAAGCCAUCGAUUUGGGCUACCGGGUGUGCAUUGAGAAAAUCAUGAGGCUCAACAGGGAUAUCCAUCGGAUUCAGGCAGCCUAUCAGGAUCAAGCGGCUGGAGGGAAUGUCGAUGCAGCUGCCAACAUUCUGCAGACACUCAGUCUGCAGAGUCAGAAGUUUUUGUGCUUGCAGAAUUUGCUGCUGGAGCCUACAAAUGAUGCGCUUCUGCUGCAAUUCUAUGAAGCAACUGCCAUAUGGCUGGGACAGAUUGUUGUGGCUCCCAAAGUGACAACUGGGAGUGCUUCUUUUGCCCCUCAGACCAUGCGGGAGGUGAAUCUUCCCAUUGACUGCCCGCCAUCGGACCUACUUAAGUGCAUUCCUGAGUUUGUCAUUGAGAACGUUGUGGAGUACCUUACCUUCAGCAGAAUCUUUCCGAAAGGUUCGUGCUUGCAGGGCAAUGAGAAUAACGGAGACGCCAAGAGUGAAAUCUUCACAAUGAUCCUCAUGUUUAUGGGUAGUGCUGAACGCGUGAAAAAUCCUCAUUUGAGGGCUAGACUCGCAGAAGGAUUGGAGUGUCUUCUGCCCAAACAGACCCAAACCAUCUUCCAUUCGAGCCUGUUUCAGACCCAUCAGCAUCGUCUUGAACUCAUUCCCAAUCUCCUGCGUGUAUUUGUGGGCAUCGAGAUGACCGGGCAGAAUGUACAAUUUGAGCAGAAAUUCAACUAUCGGAGACCAAUGUACAUAAUAAUGGAGUAUGCCUGGAAUUUAGAUGAUCACAAGGAAUGCUUCAAAUCCUUGGCCAUUGAGGCUGAAGCAAAUAUGGAAGCUCUCGAUCCUCCUCUAUUUCUACGCUUUAUAAACCUGCUAAUCAACGAUGCCAUUUUCCUGCUCGAUGAAUCCUUGAACAAUCUUCAGCAGAUCCGGACGCUUCAAGCUGCCCAGGAUGCUGGUGAAUGGAAUGGCUUGCCGGGCAGCGAGAGGCAGCAGAAUGUGGCCAAUUUGCAGCAUUUGGGAAUGAUGGCGAGAUUUGAUAACAUCUUGGGCAGAGAUACCAUCAAUAUGCUCAAGCUUCUGACAACGGAGAUCAAGGGGAUCUUCUGCCACAGUUCCAUGGUGGACAGAAUGGCAGCAAUGCUCAAUUACUUCCUCCUCAAUCUUGUGGGACCAAAAAAGGGAAACUUUAAGGUCAAAGACAAGAAGGAGUUUGAAUUCGAUCCAGCCAAUACCGUUCUCCAGAUUUCUCAGAUUUACAUAAAUCUCCAGGAAUGCGAGGCUUUCUGUUUGGCUGUCUCCCAGGAUGGUCGUUCUUACAGUCACAAGCUUUUUGAAUACGCUGAGCAAGUGCUGAUUCGCAUUGGAGGAGGACAAUUGAUUGGGGAGAUUCAGGAGUUUGCUGCCAAAGUACAGCGAUUGGAUCAGCAGCAGAAGGAGGAUCAGGAAGCACUGGCAGAUGCUCCGGAUGAAUUCUUGGAUCCCAUCAUGUCAACUUUAAUGAUGGAUCCAGUAAUACUGCCCAGCUCGAAGGUUUCUGUGGACCGCUCGACGAUUGCCAGGCACUUGCUGAGUGAUCAAUCGGAUCCCUUCAACAGAUCUCCGUUGACGAUGGACCAGGUGAUGCCGGAUGAGGAGCUGAAGAGGAAGGUACAAGAAUGGAUCCGGGAGCGACGAGAGGCGUAUAGAGCUGAACCAAAAGACGCUCAGAGCGAUUCCUAAACACUAGUUUUUUUUGUAGUUUAUUUGUAAAAAUGCGACAAAUGGUGUGAACGGAUAUUAAAGAACUGGUCAGAGAGAUUUAAUAAUGCUUGGAUUUAUUGAGACAGAAUG